AUGUCUGGCUGGGGAGGCUCGACUAAACCUGCCGCCUGGAACGAUGGUGGCGACACCGGUGACCAUGGCGGAGAUUUCGGUGCUGGCGAUGACACCUCGCAUCUCAACGGCGGCAUUUCCGGUUUCCACGUGCAAGACGAAUUCGAUACUCCUGCCGAUGGCGCUCAAGGUGGAGGCGGCGGCGGCGGUGGCGGCGGCUUCGGCGCUUGCUUCAACUGUGGCCAGGACGGACACUCCAAGGCCGACUGUACCAACCCCCGAGUUAUGAAGUGCAACCACUGCAACGAGGAAGGCCACAUGAUCCGUGAUUGCCCUACUGCUCCUCCCCAGGAGUUCACGGGAGAAUGCCGUAUUUGCGCAAAGGAAGGCCACCGGGCCGCGGACUGUCCUGACAAGCCGCCCAUGAUGUGCAACAACUGCCAGGAGGAGGGUCACUCAGCCGCUGAGUGCGAGAGUGCUCGGAAGCUGGACCGAUCCGACGUCGAAACCGUUGAUGCUGACGUCGCUUGGGAGAAGAUCUGCGAGGCCACGAAGGAGCAUGACAUGGACGAUGUCAAGGAGGCUGUGCAGCAGUACAUCAAGGCCUGCCCGCAGACGACAUACCCUGAACUCGAGGCGGCUUUCCGAAACCAGGAGAUCGAUCUCUACCUGAUCGCGCUUGAGAAGCCUUCCAUGAUUUCGACUUUGACGAACAUGGACUUCCAGGGAAAUCUCGGCAAGAAGUACUCGGUUACCUACCGCUUCGACCCGAAGCCAGCACGCCCUCGUGAGGCCGAGGGUUGGCCGACCCCGGAAGACAACAUCGAGCGUCUCGCAGAUGCUGGCGAGGUGGUCAACUCGGGCCUCUCCAAGUGCACCAACUGUGAUGGCUUGGGCCAUAUCUCCAAGAACUGCACCGAGCCCAAGAUGGAGAAGGAGCAGGUGAUGAUCACCUGCUACAACUGCAACGAGACUGGCCACCGUGUCCGCGACUGUUCCACUCCCAGAGUUGACAAGUUUGCUUGCAAGAACUGCGGCAAGAGUGGACAUCAGGUCAAGGAGUGCCCCGAGCCGCGUCAGGCAGGCCCGGAUGUCGAGUGUCGCAAGUGCAACGAGAUGGGUCACUACUCUAGCGACUGUCCCCAGGGUGGUGGUUCUCGAGGCUGCUACAAUUGCGGUCAGGAGGGCCAUUCUUCCAAGGACUGCACCGAGGAAAAGAAGAUCAUGUGCCGCAACUGCGACAAGGAGGGUCACACUUCCCGAGAGUGCACUGAGCCCAAGGACAUGUCGAAAGUCCAAUGCCGCAACUGCGACGCGUUCGGUCACGAAAGCCGAGGUUGCCCGAAGCCUCGAGACUACAGCCGCGUCAAGUGCAGCAACUGCAACGAGAUGGGCCACACCAAGGUUCGUUGCAAGAAGGAGCCCGCCCCGCUCGACGACGGUUUCGGUACGGGUGGUGGAGGUGACGACUUCGGCGCUGGCGGCGGCGGAGCUGAGGCUGGCUUUGAUGCUGGACCGGUCAAUGACGACUGGAUGGCUGAAGCUGCGGCCAACAGUGCUCCCGCUGGCGACGCAGGCUGGUCUGGUGGUGGUGAGGUUGCGUGGUAA